AUGAGUAACAAUCUCUGUUCUUGGUCUCGGCUAGAAGACAAGCAAUUCGAGAAAGCCCUUGUUUUGUUUCCCGAGGAAACGCCAAACAGAUGGGAGAAGAUUGCAAGCUAUGUUCCUGGAAAGAGUUGGCGUGAAGUCAGGAAACGUUACGAGGAUUUGGUUCAUGAUGUCUUGGAGAUUGACUCUGGACGAGUUGAGGUGCCGAGUUAUUAUCAGGAUGAGUUGUGGGGCGAAUCGAGUUUGGGAAGGGCUGCUGAGUCUAAAGGAAAAGAGAGAGAACAUACAGAGAGGAGGAAAGGAAAUCCUUGGACAGAAGAGGAGCACAGGCUUUUUUUAAUAGGACUGCAAAAAUAUGGGAAGGGAGAUUGGAGGAGUAUUUCAAGAAAUGCAGUGGUGUCAAGAACGCCUACACAAGUGGCCAGUCAUGCCCAGAAGUAUUUUCUUCGUCUAAACUCAGUGAAGAAGGAUAAGAAAAGGUCAAGCAUCCAUGACAUUACCACCACUGAUGCAACUCAACCAAUGGCACAAACCAAUUAUGAAUCUUAUGAGCCAAAUUGGAAUUUUGAGUUAAUGGAUCAAUCUGUGGAUGAACCAUUGAGCCACCCAACAAAAUUUUUCCACGAUCAAGGUAGCCCGCCAGCCUAUCAAGGGUUCGGAUUUCCCGUGUGA